AACGCCCGGGAGCGCCGGCGGAUGCACGACCUGAACGACGCGCUGGACGAGCUGCGCGCGGUCAUCCCCUACGCGCACAGCCCCUCGGUGCGGAAGCUCUCCAAGAUCGCCACGCUGCUGCUCGCCAAGAACUACAUCCUCAUGCAGGCGCAGGCCCUAGAGGAGAUGCGGCGCCUCGUCGCCUACCUCAACCAGGGCCAGGCCAUCUCGGCCGCCUCGCUGCCCAGCUCCGCGGCGGCGGCGGCGGCGGCCGCUGCCCUGCACCCCGCGCUUGGCGCCUAUGAGCAGGCUGCCGGCUACCCGUUCAGCGCUGGGCUGCCCCCGGCCGCCUCCUGUCCGGAGAAGUGCGCCCUGUUUAACAGCGUCUCCUCCAGCCUCUGCAAACAGUGCACGGAGAAGCCUUAAACACACCCCCCGGAAAACACAAGACCGACCCAAAAGCUAGAGGAAAGUGAAAAGCUGCCCCCCCACCCCUUUUAUUUUGGUCCUCUCGUAGUUGUGAAACACUUGCAAAGCAAACAAAGCAGAGGCGAGAACUGAGGAGAAGUAUCAGAGACAAACGGGACUUUUAGCCUUGACAUCCCCAGAAUCUCGGUCUUUGGGGUGGGGAGGGAGGGAGGAGGGAGGUGGAGUUGGGAUGAAGUAUGGAUGUCUUUUUUUCUCAGAAAAGUGGCAACUUUGGUGGCAGCCUAGACCGCAAGGAAGCUUAAAAAAUAAGUUGGGAAGUAGUCGCUUGGUUAUUAAGCGUGGAGGGUAUUUAUUCAGUGGCAAAAUACUAAUCCUACUAAUAAUUGUGAAUUUGGCUAGUCCUGAGGGGCAGAGGAGGAGUCCGGGGUUGGGUGGCUUGUGGGACGGAAUAGUCAUUCAGACAAAUCAGAAAGGGCACUUGAAAAUAAAUUUUGAUUCUGAGCCAGGAGAAAAACUUGAAAUGUAGACUUAUUUAAGUGGGGGGAAAAACCAGAAAGAGACACAUUGCUAUGAAAAGACUUGUAUUUUUUAUUGUCUCUGAACUUUAAUCCUGUGAAAAUGCUCAAAAGUUUUGGCAAGAGUGAUAUAAAAAACUGACUGUGGCUGAAAGAAUUGCAUUUAAAAAUAUUUAUGUGCACCUUGUUACUUUUCACUCUGCAAUGAUGUAUUAACAAUUCAUGGUAUUUAUUUGUUAUUCUUCAAUGACCCUUCCACAUCAACAAUAUUUAUCAUGUGUUAAGGUCAUGGGUCUUAUGUGCAGAUUUUUUUAAUGCCUCUAAAAUUCUGUUUUAUAGAUUAACUUAUACUGUGUGCCAAUUGUUUAAAAGGUUUAUUUGCCAACAAGUAUGAAGAGACAUAUUGAUGUAUCUGAGCUGCUUAGGUUUAUCAAAGGUCACCUGGAUAUUUUCAGUUGCAUCAUCCCUGUAUUUAAAUUGAGCUUUAAUAAAUUGCUUCAGUCCAAAAAUUACAGGACAGGUGUAUUCUUAAUUGAUGAAUGAAUUGAUCUCUUUUUUUGAAAGGGGACUCCUUUGCAUUCUAAAAGGGAAAGACAUCACAGCAAUAGAUCCUAUAGUAAGAACAUGCUAAACAAAUAUUUUUCCAGGCUGUGCUGUGCAUUUUUAAAAGGUCUAAUUUAAUUGCUUUUAAUAUAUAUGUACAUAUAUAAGUUAUUUUAACUGUGGAGAAUUAUUUAAGUUAAAAGACUGGUUUGAUUUGCCUAUGGUGUGAAAUCCUUUGUUAUUUUUCUAAAAAAAAGAAAAUUUAAAAAGAAAAUAAAACUAAGGAAGAGCAAGAAGCUAUUUACCCAAAGUGAGCUUUCAGUUUUAGUUUGCAUGGCUGUUUGCCUGCCUUUCUAUCCUAUGAAAAUCAAGAAAACCUUUUUUAAAAAUGGAGUCCUGCUAUUUUCCACUCCUUGCAGAUAAUACAAAUUCAGUUUGUCAGGUUGGAUGGCGAGUUGGGAGCUAUGAUGGAUCUACUGGUGGGUUUUGGAUGUGUAAAGAAUGAUAUAUAUAUUAAAUAGGUCAAUCAGACUAUGACAGCUAUGUACGACCAUUUGUAUGUGUAUCUAUGUCAGAAAGAAUCUUUAUUAAAAUAUUUUGAUCAAACAUUUUAUUAUGCUGUGCUUUGUGGAAGGAGCAAUCACCUCUCUUCUGUGUUACUCUUUGCCUGAAAGGUAACAAAAAAGAAAGGAGUUUCAGAGAAGGUGGAACUGAAGUUUUGGCAGGGAUACACAAUUAAGAGUAGCCCUAGUUCACUUGUUUACUUGUUAAUAGGAUGAUGGCUGGGCCUGGUCAUUGGAGGAGAGAUAAAUGGGGUCACUGGUGAGACCCAGAGGAGAUCUAAGUUCCUUUCUGCUGGCAUGAACUUUGAAGGCCAUGCUGCCCCUGGAAUUCUUUUUCCCACUUGUAUGGCAUUGUUAACCUUUCCAGGGCCCAUCAAAGAGGGUAAAGUUUUUUAAAGAGUUUUAAUCAAAAUGUGUAUUUCCUACUGCCUGAAAGCCAAGGAAAAGAGAUGGAUUUGGAUUCUCUGAGAA